AUGAACCAGUUAAAUUGGUUCAUUGACGACGCAUUUCCUUCAUACGAUUUCCGACUUCCCUCUUUCCAGGCAGAGCUCGACUUGCUGUUCAACAGUCAGCCUACGGUUUCCUCUCGAGCGACAUCCGAUCCUUCACAUAUCCUUUGUCAUUCAGAGGUCUCGCUUAGCAGCAGUCUUUGUCAGAGUUGGCCCGACGAACCAUUCCCCGGCCAGUAUCUUAUGCCCGAGAUGGAACACUCCCAGUCGAUGGGACAAGGCACAUCCGGAACGACAGCCGGCGCCGCACGUUCAUGCUCGCCCGCUUCCGAAUCUAGCUUCCUUUCCGAUGUUGCCUCGUUUUCAUCCGAGCUCAGCUUCGCCACCCAGACCCUCGCGACUUCUGGUCCCAGCAGCGCCGGCCCUAGCACUGCCGGUCCCAGUCUAGUGGUCGAGAUGCGGCAGCAGCAGCAACAGACAAUGCCCACGCUCACUGUACCUUCUUCUGUCGGUCCCAUCCGACGCGGCCGUGGGCGACCUCGUAAAGAUGCCCCACCCGUCCACCAGCCACCCCCUCUGUGUACGUACGUCGACCCGCUUACCAGCACACCUUGCAACAAGCUCCUCAAUCGGCACCAUGAUCUUCCACGGCACUUGUUCAAGCACGCUCAGGAGGAGGCCGCGCUCGUAAACAGUGGUCGCCUCCCGCGUGAGCUCGCUACUCUCUUGUCAGACGAUUGGAAAGAGAAGGACGAGCUGAAGCUGCCGUGUCGGUUCUGUAGCCAGGUGUUUUCGCGUGCGGAUGCAGUCAAGAGGCAUGAGAAGAAUGAGCACAAGCAUCGGCCCCGUAAGACUCAUUAG